AUGGCCAGACUGAUAUAUGGGUGAAAGGCAGACAUAUAUCUGCAGACUCAGCUGGUGAACUUGCCUGCAGUCUUGGAGCUCUCUGGCCUUCCACACUCUCCACAGGAUCCUCACUGUCUCAAGAUGAAGCUGGCAUUAGCUCUCAUUGUUGCACUCCAAGUGUCGGUGUGCUUGUGUGACGUGCCUCAGCCCAGCAAGGAACUGGUAGAUAAGUAUACAGGUCUGAAAGAGACCUUCCUCAAAAGGAUCGUGCAUUUUUAUGAAAGUCUUCAUGAGACCGUCGGGACCUUGGCGGAGGGCACCAUCACUGGGGAGAAAGCCAAGGAGCUUGCAGAGCAUGUGAAAAGUGACCAACGAGCCAAGGCUGUCAGCGCGCUGAUCGCUGGACUGGCCGAGGAUCUGGAGCCCCUUCUGGAAAAGGCGCGCUUGGGUGGUCUUGGUCUGUACGAAGAGUACCUGCGCCCCCACAUUGGUGAGCAGCUGGACCACUUCAUCACCAGUGUCAAGCCCGUGCUGGACGCAGUCCUACCAACAGAGGACAGCUAAACCGUAUGAUCGCCAACCCUCUCCCCACUCCUCCGAGUGUGUUUCCCUUGAGGCUGAGCUGUGCUUUAAGCCUAGCUAUACAUUCUCACAUACAUUAGAGAUCAAAUGUACUAAACAUGCACAGCAUUAACACAGAAAUAAGUCAACAGAGCUAACUGUGUGAUAGGUAGCCGUGUUACUAGCAAAUCCAUUUUGAGACGUAUAUUACAGGCUCAUUACUGUAUAUAUCUGUGUAUUUUGAUGCUCUUCUGUACAAUGUAUGGGAAAACACCAUAAUUUGUUCAGCAAGAAUAAAAACAAAAUGAAAACCA